AUGGCUUGGGUCCGCAACACAGCAGAGGGGACGACAACUGAUGGACCGAAGAUCACGGGUAUAACGACAGGGUUUACGGCUCUCUCGCUGUGCAUCGUUUGUCUGAGGCUCUAUGUGAGAGGGUUCUUGAUCAAGUCGUUUGGACACGAUGACUGGGUGAUUGUCAUUGCCUGGGUUGGUUUCUCUCUCCACUGUUUCAAAGAAACAACAUGGGGGCUGGGUCUCAAGAGCCUGGAUGACAUGCCUGAUGAGAAUGUCUACACCUUUGGCCUGGUGCAAUACAUAGGAGCACCAUUUUAUGUUAUCGGUAUCUAUGGCUUUAAAAUGAGUCUGCUUCUAUCGUACAUGCGUGUCUUCCCUGGCAACUACCGCAUUGCGACCAUUAUCGUCGCUGUCAUCAUCAGCAUGGCGCACAUUGCCUUUAUCUGUGUCUUUCUCUUUCUCUGCACUCCGAUUGCCAAGCAAUGGGAUCCGAGCAUCACAGGUGGCCACUGUGCAGACGCCGUGCCAUUCUAUCUCAGCUUUUCCGCGUUGACGAUUCUAUUCGAUGUCAUGGUCUUAGUCCUACCGUUCCCUGCCCUCCUGAAGUCUCAAAUCCAGCUUCGAAAAAAGAUUGUCCUUCUUGGCCUCUUCGGUCUCGGCAUAUUUGUCACCAUCGUCCAAGUCAUCCGAAUACAAACCAUCCAGAACUUGAAGAACUACCUCGACUCCUCGAAAGCCAUCCUAUGGUCAAUCAUCGAAACGAAUACGGGCAUCAUCAUCGCCUCUAUACCGACACUCUCUCCCCUUGUCAAGUACUUUGCCGAAAAGUCGAGAGCGGCCACUUCUUCGGCUUCAUACAAUUUGAACUCGCAGUAUGCUUUGCAGAGUUGGAAGAGCAAAAAGUCUGGCAUGAGGCCGCUUGGUAGUGGGGUUGAUCACGAAGCCCACGUCUCGACUGAAGCCCAUCUGGAUGACAGUACCGAGAACAUUCUCAUCAUGUCGCCCGGUAUCAGGAAGCAAACCAGUAUCAUAGUGGAGAGCAAAGAGGCUUCAACUACCUCGAGGAGAGACUCAUCUAGUGCUUAG